GAAAUGAAGGCCUCUCUUGUCAAUAUCACCGAACUGCAGCCAGCCGAUGUUGAAAAUUUUCGAUGGCAUUUCCAGCUGAAAUGUACAAAUUGUGGUGAAAAGCCAGACCAUUGGCAGUAUGCAAUAAUUUCGGAAACGAUGGAAGUUCCUGGAGGUCGCGGAUUAGCGAAUAUAGUAAUUAAAUGCAAACUAUGUGAAAGAGUCAAUACAUUACGUGAGUUAUUAGAGUGUAUAUUCACCACUGUAAUCGUUCAACGAAUUAUUUGCCGAUCAUUUUCAACGUGGCUUGCAAAGAGUACUCAAUCAAAUACAGUCUUUGAUGACAUCGAUCUCACCGAAAAGGUUUAUUUUACUGAAAUUUCCUAUUGUUUCAUAUUAUUAUUCUCUUUUUUUAUUUCUUUUGAUCUUAUCGUUUUCGCUUACCGAUUAUUUUAA